AUGGAGAAUGAAGGACCGUCUUACUUUCCAAGAAAAAGUGAGACUAGAAUUGAUGAAGAAGAGUUACUGCCGCGGCCUGACCAGGUUUCGAUGCAGAAAUUCAGGCUCUAUAAGACUCAAUCGAAAUUUUACAUGAUAGGGAGGGACAAGAGUAGGACGUAUUGGAGAGUGCUAAAGAUUGACCGACUAGACCCUUCUGAGUUAAAUAUUCGUGAAGAUUCUACCACGUAUACGGAGAGUGAAUGUUAUGACCUGUUGAGGCGGAUACACGAAGGAAACAAGGCUACUGGUGGGCUUAAAUUUGUGACUACAUGCUAUGGAAUUGUUGGGUUUAUCAAAUUUCUGGGGCCAUACUACAUGCUACUUAUUACAAAGAGAAAACAGAUUGGUGCAAUCUGUGGUCAUAACGUAUAUGCAGUCUGCAAGAGUGAGAUGAUUCCACUUCCAAAUUCAGCUGUGCAGUCCAGUUUCAAUAAUUCUAAGAAUGAGAACAGGUACAAGAAGCUUUUAUGCACAGUGGACCUCACGAAGGACUUCUUUUUUAGCUACUCAUACCAUGUUAUGCGUAGUCUUCAAAAGAACUUGUGUGAUAGAGAGACAGGCCAGGUCCUAUAUGAAACAAUGUUUGUCUGGAAUGAGUUCUUGACUCAUGGCAUCCGAAAUCACCUUCAAAAUACUCUGUGGACAGUUGCUUUGGUGUAUGGAUUCUUUAAGCAGGCCACACUUGCUGUAUCUGGGCGGGAGUUCAAACUUACCCUUAUUGCAAGACGUUCACGCCAUUAUGCUGGCACUAGGUAUUUGAAACGUGGGGUAAAUGAGAAAGGCAGAGUGGCUAAUGAUGUUGAGACGGAACAGAUUGUUUUCGAGGAUGUUCCUGAAGGAUUUCCUACGCAAAUAAGUUCAGUUGUCCAGAACCGUGGCUCCAUCCCACUAUUUUGGUCUCAGGAAACCUCACUGUCAAAGAAGGACCAAGAUUAUGAAGCGACAAGACUUCAUUUUGAAAAUCUUGCAAAGAGAUAUGGAAAUCCCAUUAUUAUUUUGAACUUGAUUAAGACACAAGAGAAGAAACCUCGAGAGUCGAUUCUCCGUGCAGAGUUUGCUAAUGCUAUUGAUCAUAUUAAUAAAAAAUUAUCCGAGGAGAACCGUCUAAGGUUCCUUCACUGGGAUCUACACAAACAUUCUAGAAGGAAAGCAACAAAUGUUUUAUUACUUCUGGGGAAAGUGGCCGCAUAUGCUUUGACGCUAACGGGUUUCUUUUACUGUCAAGUAACGUCAGACUUGAAAUUUGAGGGGUUUAUGAAUUCACCGUUCACCGAGAAUGCUGAGAAUGGCAACUUAUCUCCUCAGUAUAACAGUAACAAUGAUACUGAGGAUGGGAAAAACUUAGAGGAGAAAUCUAGUGGAGGUAACAUUGUUGGUAAUGGAAAUCAUUCUAUCAAGGGCCCAAUGUUCCAGAUGGGUGUACUCAGGACCAAUUGCAUAGAUUGUCUUGAUCGCACAAAUGUUGCACAGUAUGCAUAUGGGCUGGCUGCUCUUGGACACCAGCUUAGUGCCUUAGGAGUUAUAGAUAACCCAAAAAUAGACCUUGACGCACCUUUGGCUGAUGAAUUGAUGGGGUUUUAUGAGAGAAUGGGUGACACACUUGCACAUCAGUAUGGUGGCUCAGCUGCUCAUAAUAAGGACGUGUGUUCUCAUGGAAGAUGGGAGGAGAGGAGGAGGGCCUGUGCUGGGCUGGGAUUGUCAACUAUAUUCUCUGAGAGAAGGGGUCAGUGGAAGGCAGCAACACAGUCCCAGGAAUUCUUCAGAACCCUUCAACGGUAUUACAGCAACGCAUACAUGGAUGCAGAGAAACAGGAUGCAAUUAAUAUAUUCUUGGGGCACUUCCAACCACAACAGGGUAAGCCUGCACUCUGGGAGUUGGAUUCUGACCAGCAUCACAAUGUUGGAAGGACUGGACAAACAAACGUGGAUCAAGAUGCAAGGUCUAUUUUCAAAAGGUCCUUAUCUGAUGGAAAUAUUCUCCGGAGAAGUAGCUCACCUUUGUCAGCCAUGAAUGUCAAGCAACAGAAAUUUUGCAGUUCAGCUUUUUCAGAUCAAUUUCAAGAGGAAAACAAUGCUCUUUCAGAAUCAUCACCUGAAAUAUCUACUUGUGAAAGUGAUAUAGCUUUUUCAAGGUACACUCCGUCAAUGCCCCGCAGACAGCUUUUCGGAGAUGUGCAAAGAGAUCGCUACCUGGAAAGCGAUCAUGUUUGCUUCUCAGAACAUGGAGAUACAUUUAAUUGCUCAAACUUUGUUGAUAUAGACUGGCUUUCUUCCUCUGGGAACUCAUGCGAAGAAGAGCCAUUUGAGAGGUCAUCAUUGCUCACGAACUCUCCAAGUGAUGGCUUGUCAUCCGAAAAUGUCGUCAAUGGAAUAAUGGGUGAAACAACCCCAUCCACAAGUGAAAAUGGAUCCAGCACGAAGGAGCUUAUAAUUGUUGAUAAACUAACACUGCCUCGACUCUUACAACCACAAUCAUCUUCACUGUCAGUUACUUCUCUGUUCAAUCCCAGUUUCUUUGCAAAGAAGUCAUCUCCAAUGAUGACAACAAUCAGGAUUGCAGAAGUAAUUGUGUACAAUUUGAACAUGGAUAGUGGAGUUCGCAUUCCAUACCCGGCUGAUAACUACUACUUGGUUGUUUCUCAGUUUAGAUGUGUUAGAACAGAAUACAUGGUUGACAAUGUCUUUGAUGGCAAUGGUGCUGAGGUGGAGAAAUGGGGAACUCUAAUGGUGGCGACAGAGGAUUAA